AGGUUCCUGCAAGAUAUUUAGAAACUACGAUUUCAAGCAAGAGAUGAAGGUGAUGAGUAGCCUGAGAAUCCUUCUUCAAGUGAAUCCAGUAAAAUCACUCUGGAGAAAGUUCCAGGUGCCAAGGUCCAUGCCAGUGAGGCCCUGUAGCCUCUAUACCUGCACUUACAAGACCCGGAACCGGAACCCAGCGUUGCACCCACUAUGGGAGACCAUGGACCUGGUUCCGAGUGGUGACCGCCAGUCACCCAUCAACAUCCGGUGGAGGGACAGUGUUUACGAUCCAGACUUGAAGCCUCUCACCAUCUCUUAUGACCCAGCCACUUGCCUGCACGUCUGGAAUAACGGCUACUCUUUCCUGGUGGAAUUUGAAGACUCUUCAGAUAAAUCAGUGAUCAAGGGGGGACCCCUGGAAGACCACUAUCGGCUGAAGCAAUUCCAUUUCCACUGGGGUGCCAUUGAUGCCUGGGGCUCCGAGCAUACCGUGGACAGCAAAUGUUACCCGGCAGAGCUGCACCUGGUGCAUUGGAAUGCAGUAAAAUUUGAAAAUUUUGAGGAUGCAGCUCUAGAAGAAAAUGGUUUGGCUGUGAUAGGGGUAUUUUUAAAGUUAGGAAAACAUCACAGAGAGCUGCAGGACUUGGUGAAUGCUUUGCCAUCCAUUAAACACAAGGAUACCCUUGUGGAGUUAAACUCAUUCGACCCUUCCUGCCUGAUGCCAUCAUGCCCAGAUUACUGGACCUAUUCAGGAUCCCUGACGACCCCCCCACUCUCUGAGUCUGUCACCUGGAUCAUUAAGAAGGAGCCUGUAGAGGUUGAUCACACCCAGCUUGAGCAGUUUCGGACACUGCUUUUCACUUCUAAGGGGGAGCAAGAGAAAAGAAUGGUGGACAACUUCCGCCCCCUUCAGCCACUGAUGAAUCGCACGGUUCGCUCUUCCUUCCGCCAUGAUUACCUGCUGAAUAUACAAGCCAAGAAAACGCCCUCAAGCAGCCAAACGACCCCCUAAGAAGCUCAUAUCUAAGCAGUAUUUUGUUUUAAUAUGUGCAAGCUAAAAAAGAUUUUGUAAACACCUGGAUAAAAUACUAACUUAUAGAUGGGCAUUUCUUGGUAUGACAGUGUUCCUUUGACCUGAGGAAAUUCUAUUUGAUAACAAUAGUAUAUUGCAUAUGGCCCACCCAGAUUUGAUCCCUAACAUACUAUAUGCUUUCUCAAGCACAGCAACCCCUGAGCAUCACUGAGUGUUGCUCCCAAAAAACAAGCUAUUUGAUAAACAAACUCUUACUUUUAUAGAUACUGAUAUUUAAUAUGAAAGUACAAGCAAACAACACUCCGUUCUCUUAUAAAAAUCAGUUUAUUAAUUUUUGCAAUAUCUUGAACUAUCUUUUUGUUUUAUCAAUAAGUGCUUCUAUAGAUUUGUUAGUAGGGGAAAUGAUCAAAACAUUUGAAAAGUGAUAAGAUAAAAGACUGACCAUCUCCAAUAUGUUUUUCAGAACUAGCCUUGGGAUUAUACUGUUACUGGAUGGCCAUUGGUACAAAACAUGAAGAUGGCUUCUUUUAUAAGGCUUCCUCAAAUAUUUGCCUUACUCUUUAAAUGCCAGUACUGGUACAAGAUAUGUUUACUUAGUUACUGUAAAUUUAUGAUACUAAAAAAUCAUUUUAUAGUCUUAGAAAAACAAAGGUUAACUUAUAGAUAAAAAUCUUUUGGCAUCUCUUAAGGUCCAAUAUUUUACUUAAAGGACUGAUCAGAUUGAAAGCAUAUAUAUAUAUAUAAUAUAUAUAUAUAUGAGAGAGACUAUAAUAAAGAAAAUGCUUGAAGUGCUUGCACCUAGAAAACACAUUUUUGUUUGUGGGCUAUGCCCAGAAUGCCCAAAGAUUACUCUUGACCCUGUGCUCAGAGAUCAGUCCUGGCAUGGUUUGGGUGAACCUGGAAGUUGAACCCAGGUCAGCUGCAUGUGAGGCAAAGGCCCUAUCUACUGCACUAUUAUUCCAGCCCCUGCACCUUAAAUUUUUGAUAAUCUAUUUAGAGAAAUUUUUCAAAAGACUAUCUAUAGAUUAAUCUAUAACAUAUAGAACUAUUUUGCAUUAUUUGUAUACUGUUUUGUAUUUUCCACAUACAGAACUAGCUUGGCUUUUUUAAAAAAAUUUUCUGUACUUUAUUUUAUUACAUUAGUUGAUAUUCUGCAUUAGAUAGGUGAUUAACGUCAAUCUUCCAAUUUAUACAGAGAUUUUUGCUACAGUAACAAGGAGAGAUACUUGUCAGAUUAAGCUAAAAUAUAUCUAUAUAAUCUUGUAUAUAGAGAAAUCCAUGCCACUAUUGCCCUUGCUAGUAUCUUGUAAUGUCUUUAAUUGCCUAUAAAUCCAUGUUCAGGCUUAGCAUUGCAUUAAGUACUGGUUAUAUUUAAUUAAUAGGUUAGUCACCUGGGAAGCUAGAGUUGGAAGAAUGUACUUAACACUACUGAAUUAUACACUGGGGAGAAUUAAGAUGGUAAAAUAUAUGUUAAAGGUUUCCCCUCUAUCUGUUCCUAUUUGAUCUGAUUUGGUAGAUGAUUUGUUGGGUUUAGGAAAAGUAGAAAGCUUCCCAUAUAAAUCAAUGCUAAUAAUAUUCUCAGAUCCCCAAAUUAAUCUACUAAAUCAUAAACAAACAUAGUGAUUUCAGAUUGUGGGGGAGUCUGGUAGUGCAUUUCACCACAAUUAAAUAUUAAUAAAAUUUUCAGAAAAAUAAGAAAAAUAGAGUUAGAUUUGUAUGGGAAAGUUUAGUGGGUAUCUGCUCUAUAAUUGGGGGUUAUGGAAGGGGGGAAGUCUUUUGCUUCUAGAGUUCAAGCUAUCCCUGGAAAAGGAAUGCAUGUAUUCCCUAGGAAGCAAAUAAAGUCAUUUUGAAAAGAUAAA